GGUCUACAAAGCGAAGCAUCGCCACUCUUCAGUUCCCUUUUAGAAGUCCGCCUCGCGCAGGCACUGUGAGCCCGACGCCGACUGCGGCUCCUGGCGGGCAGAGGACAUUCUUCGUCCGGAACGAAGGCGCCGCGCACUGGCCGUUUCCUGGGGGCCGUGAUCGCAGCUCACUGCGCCCCGCCCCUCGCACGGCCACGUCUCCGCGGAAUAGCGGGGCUCGGCCGCGGCGGAGGCGCCAGGUGUCGUCUCAGUUGGUUUGACUCUAAGCUGUUUGUGCAUCUUUCAGUCUUCUGAAAAUGGGAAGUAGAGUGGGGUCCUUUCCAGGACCUCUAGGCUGUUGCUGAUGGCGGAACCCGGACGACCCCGCUGCGCACUUGUCGCCCCUCGGUGUCAGCUCAGCCUGUGCUGUCCGGACCAUGGAUGGGGCGUUGGCAGAGCACGAUGGCCUCUUGGUGGGCAGGUCCAGCGGUGGCCCCUCAGCUUGCCCCGAGGCCCUCCCGGACCCCCCGGGCUCCCUGGCGCCCCCUGACCAACAGGACGAAGCACAGUGUGCCAGUGUUGAGGUGAACAGAGCUGCCGGUGAAGGAGAAAGCCUGGAGGGACCUGACCAGAGGGUCCUCCGCCUGAACGGGCCCGCACCACAGUGCCCUGACUCUCCGUUGUCUCUUGACCCCGCCACAAGCCCAGUGGGUCCUGAUGCCUCUCCAGGUGUGGCUGGUUUCCAUGACAACCUAAGGAAGUCUCAGGGAACUAGUGCUGAGGGCAGUGUUAGAAAAGAAGCUUUGCAGUCUCUCAGACGCAGUCUUCCUAUGCAAGAAACACAACUGUGCUCCGUCCAGUCUUCGUUGCCCCUGGAGAAGGAGGAGCAGGUCCGACUCCAAGCCCGGGAGAGGCUGGAGGAGCAGCUCAGACAGUACCGGGUGAAGCGGCAGCAGGACAGGUCCACUCAGCCUGCAACAAAAAUGAGACUGUUCAGCACACUUGACCCUGAGCUCAUGUUCAAUCCAGAAGGCUUACCAAGGGCCAGUGCCGUGGCCCUUACGAAAGAGUAUUCCUUCCUGCGCACAAGUGUCCCUCGAGGUCCUAAGGUGGGCAGCUUAGGGCUCCUGGCUCACCCUAAGGAGAGAAAAGGUUCCGGACCAAGCAAGAUUCGGUCUCUGGCUGAUUACAGAGCUGAGGACUCUGGGGCACAAGUUCCGGCCACUGACCCGGUCACAGGUGCCCUAAGGCAGAGCAGGAGUGGCACAGUCGUGUCUGAGAUCAGCCUGUCUCCUGAGGCCGAUGACCGUCUGGAGAACGCUUCGCUGACUGGAGACAGCGUGUCUGAGGCCGACGGGAACGAGAGUGACAGCUCGUCGUACAGCAGCAUCUCCACCCGUGGGGCCCACAGCGUUCCUGCUGCCACGGGGGGCUCACAGGAAGCUUCCUAUGUGGUCAAUGGCCAGCAGAUGGCUGCGGAGGCCCUGGGCCAGUUCCCGUCCAUCAAGGAUGUGCUCCAGGCUGCUGCAGCUGAGCACCAAGACCAGGGGCCAGAGGUCAACGGAGAGGUGCGGAGCCGGAGAGGCAGCGUCUGCAGCAGCGUGUCCGUGGGAAGCUCAACUGCAGAGACUCAGGAUGAAAUGUUGCAGAUUCUUAAAGAAAAAAUGAGACUUGAAGGACAGCUGGAAGCUUUAUCAUUAGAGGCUAGUCAGGCACUGAAGGAAAAGGCCGAGCUACAAGCCCAGCUGGCUGCCCUGGGCACACGGCUGCAGGCACAGGUGGAGCUCAGCCGCAGCAGCCAGCAGAGGCAGGACUCGCUCAGCUCGGAGGUGGACACCCUGAAGCAGUCUUGCUGGGAUCUGGAGCAAGCCAUGACUGACCUGCAGAACAUGCUCGAAGCCAAAAACGCCAGCCUGGCAUCUUCGAAUAGUGACCUGCAGGUAGCAGAGGAGCAGUACCGGAGACUCGUGGCUAAAGUAGAGGACAUGCAGAAGAGCAUUCUGAGCAAGGACAGCACAGUGCACGGCCUUCGGCAGCAGAUGGCAGCCCUGCAGAGCCAGCUACAGCAGGUGCAACUGGAGCGCACCGCACUGACCGGCAGGCUGAAGGCGUCCCAGGCGGAGAUUGCGUCUCUGCAGAGUGUCCGGCAGUGGUACCAGCAGCAGCUCGCCCUGGCGCAGGAGGCCCGCGUCAGGCUGCAAGGCGAGAUGGCUCACAUCCAGGUUGGACAGAUGACCCAGGCAGGUCUCCUGGAGCACCUGAAACUUGAGAAUGUGUCCCUGUGCCAUCAGCUGACAGAGACGCAGCACAGGUCCAUCCGGGAAAAGGAGCGCAUCGCAGUCCAGCUCCAGAGCAUCGAGGCCGACAUGUUGGAUCAGGAAGCGGCAUUUGUGCAGAUCCAGGAGGCAAAGACAAUGGUGGAGGAGGACCUGCAGAGGAGGCUGGGAGAGUUUGAAGACGAGAAGGCACAGCUGCAGAGGGUGGCGGACUCUGCAGCAGCCCUGGAGCAACAGCUGGAGCAGGUGAAGUUGACGCUGCAGCAGCGAGACCAUCAGCUGGAAACCCUGCAGCAGGAACAUCUGGACCUGAUGAGGCAGCUCACCUCGACCCAGGAGAGCCUGCAGGCCCGGGAGCAGGCCCUGCAUGACCUGCAGACACACUAUGACGAGCUUCAGGCCAGGCUGGAGCAGCUGCAGGGAGAGGCUGCCUGCAGGGAGGACACGGUCCGCCUCCUGCAGGAUGAGAAGAUUGUCCUGGAAGUGGCUCUGCAAGCAGCCAGGAGUGGCAAGGAGGAGUUGGACAGAGGAACACGACACUUGGAAGAAGGUUCCAAGGAAACGUCAGAAGUGUUAGAGCAGCUAAGACAAGAACUAGCCAUCAAGUCCAGCCAGGUGGAACACCUGCAGCAGGAGACUGCUACUCUGAAAAAGCAGAUGCAGAAAAUUAAGGAACAGUUUCUUCAGCAAAAGGUGAUGGUGGAGGCCUACCGGCGGGACGCCUCCUCCAAGGACCAGCUCAUCAGUGAGCUGAAAGCCACAAAGAAGAAACUGGACUCAGAGAUGAAGGAGCUGAGACAAGAGCUGAUCAAAGUGCAUGGGGAGAAGAGGGCCGUGGAGGUGGAGCACUCCCGCCUGCAGAAGGACGUGUCCCAGGCCCACCAGCGGAUGGCCGAGCUCGAAGGGCACCUCCAGUCAGUGCAGAAAGAGCGAGACGAGAUGGACGCACACUUACAGUCUUUGCAGUUUGAUAAAGAGCAGGUGGUGGCUCUUACAGAGGCCAACGAGGUGCUCAAGAAGCACGUAGAGGAGCUGCAGCACGAAGCCAAGAGGGCCAUCACAGAGCAGAAACAGAAGAUGAAGCGACUGGGCUCGGACCUGACCAGUGCCCAGAAGGAGAUGAAGACCAAGCACAAGGCCUACGAGAACGCAGUGAGCAUCCUCAGCCGCCGGCUACAGGAGGCCCUGGCUGCAAAGGAGGCUGUGGAUGCAGAGCUGAGCCAGCUCAGAGCCCAGAGCAGUGGCGGUGGUGAUGACCUCGUGCUACAUGAGAGGGUGCGGGCCCUGGAAGUGGAGCUGCAGGCUGUCAGCCAGAGCAAGGAGCUGCUGGAGAAGGAGCUGCAGGAGGUCAUCGCCCUGACCAGCCAGGAGCUGGAGGAGUCCCGAGAGAAGGUGCUGGAGCUGGAGGAUGAGCUUCAAGAAUCCAGAGGCUUUAGGAGGAAGAUAAAGCGCCUUGAAGAGUCAAAUAAGAAGUUGGCUCUUGAAUUAGAACACGAGAGAGGGAAGCUUACCGGCCUCGGGCAGUCUAAUGCAGCUUUGCGGGAACACAACAGCAUCCUAGAAACAGCUUUGGCCAAGAGGGAGGCAGACCUGGUCCAGCUGAAUCUUCAGGUGCAGGCGGUUCUGCAGCGCAAAGAAGAGGAGGAUCGCCAGAUGAGGCAGCUCGUCCAGGCCCUACAAGCCUCCUUAGAGAAAGAGAAGCUGCAAGUGAACAGCCUCAAGGAGCAGGUGGCUGCCGUCAAGGCGGAGGCUGGACAUAACCGCCGCCACUUCAAAGCGGCCACCUUGGAGCUGAGCGAGGUGAAAAAGGAUCUGCAGGCCAAGGAGCUCCUGGUACAGAAGCUGCAGGCAGAAGCUGACAGCCUCCGGGGUCUGGAAGGGAAACAUUCACAGGAAGUAGCGCAGUUCCAAGAGGAGCUGGCCGAGGCUCGUACCCAACUCCAGCUUUUGCAGAAGCAGCUGGAUGAACAGCUGAGCGUGCAGCCCACAGGAAACCAAGAGAUGGAAAAUCUCAAAUGGGAGGUGGACCAGAAAGAAAGAGAAGUCCAGUCCUUGAGGCAGCAGCUGGAUCUGACAGAGCAGCAGAACAGGAAGGAGCUGGACGGGACUCGGCAGGUGCUGCAGAAUAUCAAGUCUGAGCUAGAGAUGGUGCAGGAAGAUCUGUCCAUGACCCAGAAGGACAAAUUUAUGCUUCAAGCUAAAGUGUCUGAACUGAAGAACAACAUGAAGACUCUUCUGCAGCAAAACCAGCAGCUCCAGCUGGACCUGCGUCGCAGUGCAGCAAAGACGAGGAAAGAACUAAAAGGCGAGGCCAGCUCUUCCAACCCCACGACGCCCAUCAGGGUCCCUGACUGCCCUGUCCCAGCCUCCCUGCUGGAGGAGCUGCUGAAGCCUCCACCUGCUGUGAGCAAGGAGCCCCUCAGGAACCUGAACAGCUGUCUCCAGCAGCUCAAACAGGAGAUGGACAGCCUGCAGCGCCAGAUGGAGGAGCACACCAUCACCGUGCAUGAGUCCCUGUCCUCUUGGACUCCAGCAGGAGGCUGCCUGGCCGAGCAGGCGGCUGCCAUUCCUACCCUUGUGCAAGAUCAUGGGGACUCCAGGGCACCACCAUGUGGCCAAGUCGAAGUGGGGCCUGCAGGGGCUGCUGAGGACAGUGACUGCCACAGCCUCCUCCCGAAGGAGGGAGACACUUAAUAUUACUCAUUUGAUUAUGUGCUCUGAUUUUUUCCUUAAAAAAUGAAAGUUAAGUUUUGCUUUUGCCUUUAACAAGGAGUAAAAUUACAGAACGAGAGCAAAAUGGUCAUCUGAAGAUCAUAAUUAGCUUUUCCCAUGAAUGGACCAAAUCUUAGAAACCCAGUUUAGCUCUCAAUGAGGAAUUUUCAAAUGUGUCUCAAGGGUUCCCUUCAGAAGCAAGUUCUCCUCAGUGACGACAGACACUGUUCCUCCUGGGUCCUUCAUGUGGAGUGUGGAGGCAGUUCAGACAGGCCAGCACCGUGAGGAAGGCCACUGUGGUCCCGAGGUGCCUCCUGUGGGUCGUGCUUGAAACAGUUGCUGGCAGGAGCUGUGCCCAACCAGGUCCAUGGUGCAGCUUUUCACUUUCCAGUUUGACUCAGAAAGAGCUUUACUUUGCUACAGAAAGAGCUUUUAUUUGCACCUUUGGCUUUUUCUUUUCAAUAGCCAUCCCACCAUAGGAUAUGUAUAUAAAUGCUGAAAAGCAGAAUCUAAUCUUUUGAAAGUAUAUGA